AUGUUGUCAAUUCCGCCCCAGGUUGCCCCUGGGGAUACCACAGCUGAUCCGACUGCCCCUCCUCGAUCGAGCACCUCUACCGAGUCUUCGGGUACCCUCAAAAGACGCAGCCCUCACGAUGCCGACGACGACGACGGAUGGCAGACCAUUGAGCGCGGCCGGCCUGUGAAGAAGAACAAGAAAAUCCCCGGCGUCGAUUCGAAACGGUACCCCGGUAUCGACUUUUCGCAGCAAGCAAGGCUACAGUCCAAAAUCAAUGUCUCAUCUCUCCGCGACCUUGUGAUGUACAUCUUCGCCGACGGACCGGCCCCCCAGUGGGUCUCGGUCAAGCACCGGCCAGAGUUUAGAAAGAUUGUCACCAUCAUGGUCCCUGGCCUAGAGGAGGCCAUGUUCAAGGAGAACGUUGACUUCAACACAUACAGUGAUCUUUCUCCAGAUCAAGCGAUCGAUAGGGUUUCUACAUCUCCAGAUGAUUAUUACCCCCGUGCACUCAAGAAGGAUGCCCUGCCCGAACCACUGCAGCCGUUCGCUGAUAUGUUCCCGCAUGUUUGGCCAGUGAGAGCACCGGGUGAUGAUAAGUACGCCAAGCUACACUCCCCAAUACAGUCGAUGCUGUCAGUACCAUUGAAGGAGAAGAAGGGCGGUCUGAAGCCCGUCUCCGACCCCCACGGAUGGAAAGACGUGAGGACGAGGAUCACUGAGUUUCUGGCGGCGCCCGAAGACUUGAUGGAACAUGGCUUUCCAAAACAUCCGGCUAUGCUCCGGGGGCCGCAAAGGGAAUCUUUUAAGGACCCUGAAGGCUGGGUCCAUACCAGAGUCAACGAGCUCUCCGACGGUGAUGUUCCUGAAGCUGAAGUCGAGCAAGGCAGCAUCACCGCGGGCCGCCAGGUCUUGGCUCUUGACUGCGAGAUGUGCAUGACAGGCGAGGCCGAGUACUCCCUCACGAGGAUAAGCUUGGUAUCCUGGGAUGGCGAGGUGGUCCUUGACGAGCUUGUCAAGCCCGACAAGCCCAUCACUAACUACGUGACUCAGUUCUCGGGCAUCACAAAAGAGAUGAUCGACCCCGUAACAACUACCCUGAAAGACAUACAGACCCGGCUGCUUGAUAUCUUGCAUCCGCGCACGAUCCUCGUAGGCCACUCCCUCGACUCGGAUUUGAAAGCGAUGCAACUCGCCCAUCCUUUCAUUGUCGACACCUCCAUUCUAUUCCCCCAUCCCCGCGGCCCGCCGCUCAAGUCUUCUCUCAAAUUCCUAGCUCUCAAGUACCUCAACCGCGAGGUCCAAAAAGGGGACGGGACCAUCCAUGGGCAUGACAGCAUUGAGGACGCUAAAACCUGCCUCGACUUAGUCAAGAAGAAGUGCGAAAAGGGCAAGGCCUGGGCGGCGGGCGAAGUCCAAGGCGAGAACAUCUUCAAGCGGCUCGCCCGCGCUGGCACCUCCUACCGCGCCACCGGCGGGCCCGGAGCCACGGGUGGUCUCCCAGUGGGCAAGAGCAGCGCUGCCGUGGACUGGGGCGAUGUCACUAGGAGCGCCUGCAGCGCCGCCACGGUGACCAUCUCGUGCAAGUCCGACGCCGAAGUCGAAGCGGGCAUCAUCCGCGCGGUCCAGGGCGAUCCCGACGGCCUCGAAGUCCCCGGCGGCGGCGUCGACUUCGUAUGGGCGCGCAUGCGCGAGCUGGAGGCCCUACAGGGGUGGUGGAAUCGCAACAAGCCCAACACCACCGACUCAGGCGCCGAGGAAACCGAACCCGAAACCGCCACCGCGGACAUGCCCACAACCAACACGACCACAAGUACCGACACCACGGCGUCCGCAUCCCCCCUCGAAACGCACCUCGCCGCGCUUAGCCAGCGCCUCAAGCGCAUCCACUCGGCCCUGCCCCCCUGCACCGCACUAAUCGUCUUCAGCGGCACGGGCGACCCGCGCGAGGUGGGCCGGCUGCAGGCGGUGCAGGCGCAGUUCCGGCGCGAGUACAACGCGCCCGACUCCAACUGGGACCGGCUCAGCGUGCAGUGGACGGAUAAGGAGGACCAGGCGCUGCGGCGGGCGGUGAGGGCGGCGAGGGCGGGGAUCGGGUUUAUUGGGGUGAAAUAA